CCCAGCGGAGACGGGAUGGCGCCCCCGAGGCGCCCCCGGCCGGCCGCCGCUCUGACGGGGGGCCGGGCGGGGCGGGCCCGCUGAGCGGGGCGGGGGCCCGAUGGAGCUGGACGUGGACUACGAGCGGCCCAACGUCGAGACCAUCAAGUGCGUGGUGGUGGGCGACAACGCGGCCGGCAAGACGCGGCUCAUCUGCGCGCGGGCCUGCAACGCCACCCUCUCGCAGUACCAGCUGCUGGCCACCCACGUGCCCACCGUCUGGGCCAUCGACCAGUACCGCGUCUGCCAGGAGGUGCUGGAGCGCUCGCGGGACGUGGUGGACGAGGUCAGCGUCUCCCUGCGCCUCUGGGACACCUUCGGCGACCACCACAAGGACCGCCGCUUCGCCUACGGCAGGUCGGACGUGGUGGUGCUGUGCUUCUCUCUGGCCAACCCCAACUCGCUGCGCCACGUGAAGAGCAUGUGGUACCCCGAGAUCAAGCACUUCUGCCCGCGCACACCCAUCGUCUUGGUGGGCUGCCAGCUCGACCUCCGCUAUGCAGACCUGGAUGCCGUGAACCGUGCUCGCCGGCCCUUGGCCAAGCCCAUCAAGCCAUCAGAUAUCCUUCCGCCAGAGUGUGGCCAUGAGGUGGCCAAGGAGCUGGGCAUCCCAUACUACGAAACCAGCGUGGUGGCCCAGUUUGGAAUCAAAGAUGUCUUUGACAACGCCAUCCGUGCCGCCCUCAUCUCACGCCGCCACCUGCAGUUCUGGAAGUCACACCUCAAGAAGAUGCAGCGCCCGCUGCUGCAGGCACCAUUCCUGCCCCCAAAGCCGCCACCGCCCAUCAUCCACAUCCCGGAGCCGGCUGCCGCCGAAGGCCGAGGCCCCGGCAGCCUCUUCCGUGAGCCCCUCUGUGCCGACGUCGUGUUCUGCCUGUGGGGCGGGCACCGUGUCUUCGCCCAUCGCGUGUAUCUGGCCACGUCAUGCUCCAAAUUCUACGAUCUCUUUAUGCUGGACUUGGUAGGGGACGGCGUGGGCACGAAGGAGCCAGCCGGCAGGACUAAGAGCUUGGAUGCCGACAAGAGUUCUUUGGGAGUGGCAGCUGCAGCAACAGCGGCUUCUCUGCGAGCCUCCCAAAGCGACGACCCCCUGCGCCUGAUGCCGCCGCCCCGGGAGUUGUCUGGCUGGGGCCGGGGGUUUGUCAGCAUGCGGCAGGAGGAGGUGCGAGACCCGCUCACCCAUCAGGGGAAGCCCAUGACGGUGGUCUGUAUGGGUGAGCUGGUGCCCCUGGGCCCCUUCCGGGCCGUGCUGGAAUACUUGUACACCGGGCACCUGGACCCGCACCGAGCCGACCUGAUGCAGGUGGCCGCCAUCGCAGAGCUGCUGGAGGUCUUUGACUUGCGCAUGAUGGUGGCCAACAUUCUCAACAAGGAAAGUUUUAUGAACCGCGAGAUCACAAAGGCCUUCCACGUGCGUCGUGCCAACCGCAUCAAGGAGUGCCUGAGCAAAGGUACCUUUGCAGAUGUGAUGUUUGUGGUGGAUGACGGCUGCAUGCUAGCCCACAAGCCGCUACUCCUUGCAGGCUGUGACUUCAUGGUGGCCAUGUUCGGCAGCACAUUUCGAGAGAGCUGUGCGACUGAGGUCUCCCUGCCAGGCACAAACUGCGCUUGCCUCCGUGCCGUUCUGGAGUUCCUCUACACAGGGCUCUUUGUCCCUAGCCCAGACCUCGAUGCUAUGGAGCUGCUGGUGCUCACCAACCGCCUUUGCCUGACCCGUUUGCAGGCCCUGACCGAGCAGUACGCAGUGGAUGAGCUGGUCCAUGCCAGCUUGCAGCAGGUGGAGAUUGACACGCAAGUGAUACUGUACCUGGAAAUGACACAGUUCCAUAAUGCCCGCCAGCUGGCUGCCUGGUGUCUCCAUUAUAUCUGCACCAACUACAACAGUGUCUGUCGCCGCUUUCCCCGCGAGAUGAAGUAUAUGUCGCCAGAAAACCAGGCCCACUUUGAACGUCACCGCUGGCCCCCGGUCUGGUACCUGAAAGAGGAAGACCGCUACCUGCGCUCACAAAAGGAGCGGGAGCUGGAGGAAGAGGUGAUGCGGAAACAGCACCCACGCAGCAAGUGGUGCUUCUGGCGCCCGCAUCAUGCCAGCCACAUCUCCUGAGCACCCACUUGCCCUCUCCAUCAGGAAGGAAAAGGGGCACAAGGCAGCUGUCCUGCUGGUGCCUUCGCUUCGGAGGGGAGGGGGCAGCCGAUGGGGCUGAUGGGGUGCUUUUGCCUUGGCAUCGAGGGCCCUCUGCCACUGGCCAGUGAGGCGGGAGGGGAUGGCUGCUUCUUGCCUUGUUGCCCCACCCUUCCGCCUGUCUGCCUGCAGGCUCUGUGCCUCUUGCCACUGCUGCCACGCCUUCACUUGGUGUUUACGUUCCUGUUGUACCUGGUGCUGGAGAUGCAGCCCAACAAACGGAUGGGCCUUGAGCCAGCCUUUUCUCUAAUUGCUACCUCUGACCUUAGCAGUAUUUGGGGGACAAGGAGGAAAGAGGGCCCCAGCAAGGGGCUUGGGAGCUGGUGGUGCAGAGAGGAGGCGGGGGGCUGGAAGGAGCCCGGGCUCCUCUUGUCCGGGCUUGCCACAGGGCUGUAUUGUGGAGGAAGAUCAGAGGGAAUCCAGAUGGCUCCAGUUGGAGUGGCUGGAACUGAAUUCAUGGUACUGAUUGCAGAGCCUUGUGACUGUAGGGGAACUGGGGUGGGUGGACAGGGUGGACACGGGGUGGGGUGCAUGCAAAGACAAGGAUCCAUAGGCCCUGUAAGUGCGCGCGCGCGCACGCGUGUAUGUGUGUGUGUGGGGAGGGUAGGAUUUCUUUAAAGUUCCUGUUUGUGACAACUGCUUCCUGCUUCAGGCUAGCCUGCUGGUGGAGCAGCAUGGAGAGGAGGGUCUGGCGCCCCUUCUUAGCCAUGUGGUGCCUUGGACACAACACAGGCCUCUUCCCCUUGACUGGCCUCUUGGAGGCAGGGGUACGUGAUCUGCCUUCCUCCCUUCUUUGAUAUGCCUUGGUGAGGAAAGCGGAAGCAGUCCCAUGGUCUUUGGGGAGGGGCCCAGCCCUGUUCCCCUCCUUCCCACCCUUGGAAUUCCGCACAAACAUUUCUACUCUUUUUCUAGGCGUCCUGUUUCCCCCCCCCCCGCCCCGCCCCCCACAGCCUCAUCUGAGCACAAACCUACCCGGGGUGGUGCUGUUCGCAGCGCUCCCUGUCCUGAAGGGCUUUGGCAGAUGCAGGCCCCCGGGGGGGGCUGGUGCGCAUCUGUUUCUAACCACUGUGAGCGGGGCUUGGCCCUCCCCUCAUUUUCUUACACACUUUUCGGUAUUGGACUGUUUUAACCUUUAAUAAAAGCCUUUUGUAUUGUG